AUGGCGAACUCAGAGAAGGAGACGCCAAUUUAUGGCUCCGAUCCAAACACGCCGAACCCUGAGGCUGGCGAGGCCGAGUCGGCUGCUUCAAGUGAGCCAGCGAAGCAGCGCAAUCUGGUUUCAUGGACCUUGAUCAUCGCGGCGAUUCUUUCCACCAUCUUCCUCUUUGCCCUCGACAACACCAUCACAGCAGACGUCAUUCCGGCCAUUGUACAAACUUUCGGGCACGCGGACAAACUCCCAUGGCUCUCAGUCGCAUUCCAAAUCGGUGGCGUUGGUGUCGUGCUUCCACUCGGUAGGAUUUACGCUCUCUUCGACGCAAAGUGGCUCUAUAUUUUCUUCGUCGUGCUAUUCUGCGGUGGAUCUGCUCUGUGCGGUGGGGCACCGAACAUGGAUGCCUUCAUCGUCGGUCGUGUCAUCGCAGGUGUGGGCGGCAUCGGCAUCUAUCUUGGUGUCAUGACGCUGCUCUCCGUCAACACCACAACCACGGAGCGGCCCAUGUACCUGGGACUCGUCGGGCUUGUCUUUGGCGUUGGAAACGUUGUCGGACCUGUCAUUGGAGGCGCAUUCGCCGACUCAUCUGCGACAUGGCGAUGGGGCUUCUACAUCAACUUGUGCAUCAUCGGACUGAUGGCCCCAGUCUAUAUUUUCUUGAUCCCUGGAUUUCAGCCUGCGCCUGGCAGGACAGUGAUCAAUCGUCUCAGGGAAAUCGACUUCGUUGGCACACUUCUUAGUAUCGGAACCCUCGUCUGUCUUGUCAUGGCCAUCAAUUUUGGCGGUGUCUUGUAUGCAUGGAGCAGUGGCCAAAUUAUUGCCCUCUUCGUCAUUGCUGGCGUGUUGUUCGUUGCAUUUAGUGCACAGCAAGGCCUCGCGUUGCUCACAACCAAAGAGAGACGCCUGUUCCCUGUCGUCUUCCUCCACAACAAGGAGGCCGUGCUUCUGUUCAUUCUGACGGCUACUUUCAACUCGGCAGCCUUCAUCCCGAUUUACUACAUCCCGACAUACUUCCAGUUCACGCGCGGCGAUGGCCCUCUAGAUGCUGGUGUGCGGCUGCUUCCUUUGAUCAUUCUCAUCACGUUGAUGAUCAUUGUUAACAGUACCGUCCUCUCCAAAGGUGGCUACUAUAUGCCCUGGUACCUUGGUGGCAGUAUUCUCUCCCUGAUCGGCUGCGUCCUGCUUUCCACUGCCGACAUGGGUACCACGGCUGGUUCCAUCUACGGAUACGAGGUUCUCACCAGUUUCGCCGUCAUUCAGACCAUCACCAGCCGUGAACAUAUGUCUCACGGAUUGGGCUUCAUCAUGAUUGCUCAACUGCUCGGUGUCACACUCGCGCUCUCCAUCUCCGGCGCUGUCUUUGUCAACCAGGCAAUGGACGGCCUUUCCAAGGUUCUGGUUGACAGCACGCGAGAACAGCUGCAGAGCGCGCUUAGGGGUUUGAGUGGUGACCUUGGCGCUUUGGGCGAGGAGCAGCGUAAUGCAGCUCUGAACGUCGUUGUCAAAUGCCUCGCUAAAGUUUUCAUUCCAGCGUACGCCGCUGCAGCUCUCGGCACCAUUGCCGCGCUCUUCCUCCGCCGCCAGAAGAUGCCUUCGGGCGCUGUUGCGGCGUAAGAGCCGCGAUUUGAUUAAGCGCACGCCUGAAUAUAUGGAGACAUGGAAAAUGGCAUACAAACAGACGGGAGAUUGAACUUGGGUAACACGGAC